AUGUCGCCACUGGAGGAGCCCACGGGCCAAGAGGUUACUUGCCAGCCUGGCGGCAGAGACGCAGCACCUGUCAAGGAAAAUGUAGAGUCGACGCAGCCCUCCGACUCCCCAACCCACUCUUUGGUUGACCCAGCCGGUGCUACGGACAAGCAAGACGACCUCGAGAACAAGGAGAAGCAGCAAGCGCACGCCUCUGCCUCGGGCGAAACGGGUACGGAACAGGAUGCUGCCUCUGCCCAAGGUUUGUCCGAGUCUUCCAACACUGCCAAGGACACCAAACAACCUUCAGCACCCAUCCUCCGGAAGCACAUCCCAGCACCACUGGAGAUCGUUGAACCGGACGCAUCAGACGCCAUGUCCUCUUCUGUGUCUACCAUCAAGGCCCCGACUUCGUCGUCACACAAACUCGAAAAUGAUGCCCAAUAUCUUACGGCCGAGCAGUCGGUCUAUGUCGAUCCCACACCCGCAACCCCGACCACCUCACAGCCACCAUCGCGGAGCCCGUCCACCACCACCGCAAGAUUUUACCGAUCUGACAACCCGUCACCCGCAAGGUCCGAUGGGGCAGAUGAAGAAAAGAGGUACACGAGCGAAGACGAACAGGAUGGCGGCUCUCGCUCCGAGAUCCAGAGUAUCAUGGAGCAGUUCAGCGAAGCAGGUGGAGGACCUGGGUUGGACGAAGUUAUGAGCCCGCGGUUGGAAUUUGCUUCUCCCAUUCUCGCCGGCCCUUCUCAGCAUCCGCCGCGGAAGUCGAGCCUAGAGCCCCUGUCGCAGACGAUAUCGAGCCCACUCCAAGAAUUCACCGCCUUGCGGGUGUCCUCAUCGUCUCCGUCUAGUGUACGGUCCAAGGAACGAGCCUUCGACGACGAAGCGCCUCCCGUCCCCCCCAAGGAUGGUGCCUUUGGAACGCCUCCUAGAACACGGGAGAACAGACGGCCAUCUAGCAUCAGAUCGCCAACCUCUCCCCAGCUGUCUAUGCAUCGGCCACCCCCACCUGAGCCGGAGCCGGAACCGGCGCUGCCCUUCGAUUUUCACAGAUUCUUGGAGCAACUGCGGAACAAGAAAGCCGAUCCAGUCGCGAGGUAUCUCAAGUCAUUCUUGUCCGAGUUUGGGAAAAAGCAGUGGAUGGUUCAUGAACAAGUCAAGAUCACGAGCGAUUUCCUGGCCUUCAUUGCUAAUAAGAUGAUGCUGUGCGAUGUUUGGAGGGAUGUAUCUGACGCUGAGUUCGACAAUGCCCGUGAGGGGAUGGAAAAGCUCGUCAUGAAUCGAUUGUAUGCGCAGACAUUUUCCCCCGCGAUUGCACCUCCGAAACCUAUCCCUGGCGCCAAGCCAAGACGGCGAGGCGGCGAUGUCCCUCUGGGGCCCGGCCGUCGUGGUCAACAUCAGGAAGAUGUCGAACGCGAUGAGAUACUUGCACAAAAGAUUAACAUCUACGGAUGGGUGAAGUUGGAGCAUCUGGACAUUCCACCCGUAGGUGACAGUGGUCGCCGGUUUUUGAAACUAGCUCAGCAAGAACUCUUGAAGAUCAAAUCAUAUAGAGCUCCGCGAGACAAGAUAAUCUGUGUUCUCAACUGCUCCAAGGUGAUAUUUGGUCUGUUGAAACACAACAAGUCCGACUCAUCAGCCGACUCAUUCAUGCCGCUUCUGAUUUACGUUGUGCUGCAAUCCAAUCCGGAGCAUUUGGUUUCCAAUGUGCAGUACAUACUGCGAUUCAGAAAUCAGGAGAAGCUCGGCGGCGAGGCUGGAUACUACUUGUCAUCUCUGAUGGGUGCUAUCCAAUUCAUUGAGAAUAUGGAUCGUUCGUCACUCACAAUAUCCGACGACGAGUUUGAAAGACACGUAGAGGCAGCUGUGUCAGCUAUUGCCGAAAAACACCAAGCCACAUCUCCCGUCAUCCAGCAACAGACGACAUUCCACGAAAAAACCGGCCUCCGCCGCAGCGGGUCAAGCGGUCGCCCCGUCGCGGACAGCAGCGCGGAGGGCUCGGCCCCCCGCCGCUCAACUUCCUCCUACGAGGGCGAAGCCCAAGAUGGCGCAGCCAUCAGCGGCCUCCUCCGAACCAUCCAGAGACCUCUCAGCACCAUCGGCCGCAUCUUCUCCGACGAAAACGGCCCGUCGUCCUCCAACCCCGGGAGCGCGCCCCAGUCUCCAGGCCCGCCGGAUCGUCACCCCUCCCGGUCCAACCACCGCGACGAGCAGGUCGCCUCGCAACGUCAGCAACACCAGUUGCUGCCCAAGCACGCGCUUUCCGCUGAAGAGGCGGCUGCGAGACAGGCGAGUGCUGAGGCGGCCGAAGCCCAGCGCCUGCACCGUGCCGAACACGCGAAUGUCGUGGAGACACUGGCAGGCAUGUUUCCCGAUCUCGACAAGGAGAUCAUCAGCGACGUGGUUUACCAGAAGCAAGGGAGGUAA